ACGUUUUCUCUAGACUAGGGCACCCGAGAGCUUCCUGUCUGUGCCGGGUAAACCGAUACCGAUGGCUUGCGUUUUGUACCAGGAAUAUCAAUUUUCACACUUCUACAAUGCAUAUUACCAAGCCAGCGUCGGUCCCCUCCUGCCCUCAACGUGUCGGAUCGUCUUCUUCUUCGAUGGAGCUGUCUCCUUCGCCUUACCCUCCGCGUCCCUCUGGAUGACGAGUGAUCCUUGCCAAGUAGCUUCUUCUCCCUCCUCCUCUAUUCUAGUUUUAUCCCUACUUGUUGCAGUUCACUGACUGCUCUCUUUUUCUUGCGACGGAGGCCCAAGCGUAUCUUCGUCGAUUCUCUCUCUCUUUUUUCUAUUUUUUCUUUUAUUUUUUUGGAGGUGCGUCUCUUUCUGUAGACCAGGGGUUUCUCCCGAACUGUGUUGGGCUAAUUUGUCAGGUUUUUUGCGUUGGAAGAUAAAGGGAGCAACGUGAAUGUACUGAGUCACAGUUAGAAUUUGUUUUUAUGUUGAGUUGUGUUGUGUUGUUUGUUUUUAUUUUUAUUUUCAAAGCGUUAGUUCUCCCCCAGCAGGGUUAGCUCGGCCACUUUACGUCUUGGAAGGGGUUGCGGUGGAAUUGGGGUGGCAAGCUGUUGGUACUCUUAGAAGGAGGUGCCCAGCAGAGGGUUUGAAGCAUGGGGUCGGUAGUAGUAGCAACAUCACUUAUGUUUGGCUGUUGCUUACAUCUCUAGUCUUUGGGACAGUCUCUGUUCACACGAAGGACAUCUGAGUCCAGGAAACUUUUAAUGUGUGAUCAGCUUGCCAUUUAGGCUUUCAAUUUGCUUACGUUUCCCUUUGGCGCCUUCCGUGUUCUGUGAUGAAUAUGGGAUUGCUCGUCGUCAGGCAACAACAGAGCCUCUGUGUGGAUGUUUGGGUUUUUUCUAUUCGUAUGUUAUUAAUGGACUAGACAGAUAUGCAACUGGGUUACGAGUUGAGCACACAAUCUUGCAACGGUGGUAGGGGAGAGGUGGUCCUUUCAUCAUAUACUUUUGAGCCUUUAUGCAGAUUAGAAGUAUGGAAUUGAAGCAUUGAAAACCCUGAAUUUUUUUGAUGCUGAGAAUAAUAGGCGAGCAUAAGCAGAGCGCGAAGCUUCUUUAUUUCUUACUAGAAAUUUGAUUCUUUUAUUUCAUUUUAUUGUACUGUUUAUACAUUUUGUGAUUUUAUUUUCUUCUGGAGUGGUGCACUGUUUUCUGGCGAUUUCGUUAGCAGUAGAUAGUCUCUCCUAUCAGACUUGAAAACCUAGCUCGCGCACGUGUAUAAGGCCAACUGCAAUUAGAGGUGAUCUUGCGGCAACCACAAGCUCUCCACAGUGUAGCGCCUCUAGCAUGCUGAUGGCUAGAGCUAGCUUCUUUAUUGAAGUACCGUGCACUUAAAGGCAGUUACCAUGUGGAAGCAUAUGUUGUGUGGUCUUCAUCUCCUUUUCGGUGGUGCUUUUGUCUCGACAAAGAUCAUCUAAACAUCUCGUGUAGGUGUUUAGAUAGUGCACAUUCGAUAAUAGGUGUAGAAGUGAAGCCCGUUACUGUUGGUGGUUUGGAAGCAUUUGAAACUUUGUAAUUAGUUCACCUGGGAGCAUGGCAGCUUCGCGGUCACGCUCCGGAUCUCAACAGCCUGACAUCGACAUUCGACAAAUCAUCGCAGAAGCUCAAAGUCGCUGGUUGCGGCCUGUCGAAGUGUGCGAAAUCUUGAAGAACUAUGCUAAGUAUGGAUUCAAGCUCAACCCCGUUCCUCCUGUCCGUCCCUGCAGUGGGUCCAUGUUUCUGUUUGACAGGAAAACGUUGAGAUAUUUCCGCAAAGAUGGCCACAACUGGCGGAAGAAGAAGGAUGGAAAGACUGUGCGUGAGGCGCACGAACGACUCAAGACUGGCAGUGUGGAUGUUCUGCAUUGUUACUAUGCCCAUGGCGAGGAUAAUUCCAGCUUUCAGAGGAGAUGCUACUGGAUGCUUGACCCUGCACUCGAGCAUAUUGUGCUUGUUCACUACCGGGAGGUGACGGAAGGCGGGAGGUUUACAAUGAGUGACUCACAACACGGUUCUUCAGCAGCUCAUGCCGCCAGCCCUCCUGAUGUGUCUAAUCCGGCUACGCCCCCGGAAUUGGACCAAGAAGAUACUGAUGUGGUCGAGUCUGAAGAUAUCGAAGACCCAGGGUCCUUGGACCCUAUCAUCCCACCUAAUGCCCCGCAAAAUACUCUUCUUGACCAGCUUACUCCCCGGGCCCAGGCUGCCGCAGACUUAGACAAUUCCCCCGUGAAUGGCUGGAUAGAGAGUGAUCUCAGAGGUGGAAGUUCUUCUCACUUGUGGAUGUCCUCUUCAAGUGGAGUUGGAACCUCAACCCAUGAAAAUCUUCUUAGUGUUCCUACGGGAUUGACGCCUAAACUUGGGCAAUUUCCUCAGCAGUCAUCAAAUACGCAGCAGCUUGGAGACAAUCAAUUUUCCGAUGUGUUCGGCGCACAAGAUCCGUUUGCGAAUGGUCAGCGACAGGAAAUUUUCACAGGUUCUAUUGAUGUUACUGGAUGGAACCGUCAGAUGAUGGAAAAUAAUGCGAGAAAUAAUGCUGUCUUUGGUCAAAGUUCAGGAGGGCCUUUCCCACCGCAGAAUAGCACGGGGGCAGCUAUCUCGCAAAGCGUUGGCGGUCCUACCACGUACGUCAAGCAGGAAAGUAUGCAAGGGACUGCAAUGUGGUCUGAUAUUCUAGAGCAAUGCACUACCCCAUCAAUUCACAGGAAUAUCAUGGAGUCACUUAUGGGCAACAAUCAGGUUGAAAUGAGUGGUUCGCCUCGCACACAGGACCUCGGAUCUACUCAAGUUCCUCCCUCGAAGGGUAUUUUGGAGGCUUUGUCUCCGAGAGGUCUAGGCAGGGAGCCCCAAACUGCCUUGGAAGCUAGUUUGCAGGCUGUGACCCAGGAAAAAGCUCUGAAAAGUGCAGGGCUAUAUCAGAGACGACUGUGCGGAAUGAGGUCUGAAUCCCAGCAGCUGGAUUUGCAGUUUGAAAAGAAAGUUACAAUGGAGAAAAAUCCAGAACUCGAAUCUUUUCCCAAGCUGGAUAGUUUUGGACGUUGGAUGACUCAUACGUUGGAAGGUCAAAACUUUUUGAGUCCGGGUGCCUUUCAAACCAGCUGGCCUGGUACACCAACGAUGGGUUUCUCAGCCUUACCUGAUGAUUUGUAUCAAAUUCCAGUUGAUGCGAGUCUCAGUACCUCGGUCGCGGCAGAUCAGCGAUACAGUAUCACGGAUUCUUCCCCGGAGUGGGCGUAUGCUACUGAAGGUGCAAAGGUGCUGGUUUCAGGCGUGUUCUUGGGGGACUACGCUAAUACAUCUGAUGUAAAGUGGCACUGUAUGUUCGGAGAGGUGGAGGUUCCUGCGGAAGUAAUUAGCGGUGGGGUACUGAGGUGUAUAGCACCUCCACAUGCCGCUGGGAGAGUAUUGUUUUACGUCACUUGUGGCGACCGUCAAGCUCAUAGCGAGAUUCGCGAGUUUGAGUAUCGUGCCGGUGGUAGAGUAGCACUUGACAACAAAGCCGAGCGUCAAGCAGCAGAGGAAAGGUUAUUCAAGCUUCGGCUGGCGCACCUGCUGCUUACUGAAUCAGAUGAAAACAGUGGCCACUUGGACGAAGCGACUUUCCUGAAGCAGUGGCAAUGUUUGAAUUCCUUUUCUUCUUCACAUAGCGAUGCCGAUUGGCAGGAAAUGGAAACUCUCGCAAAUACCACUGAUUUCUCCCAAGAUGUCAACUUUCACGAUCGUCUACUCCAAGUACUUUUGAAGGCCCGCAUGCAGAAGUGGUUACUAUCUAAGAUUCAAGAGGAAGGGAAGGGUGCCUCAGUUCUUGAUGUGCGGGGGCAGGGGGUUCUGCACAUGGCUGCUGCUUUAGGAUAUGACUGGGUAAUUUCUCCGUUGUUAGCUGCUGGUGUUCCCAUCAAUUUCCGAGACGCCCGUGGCUGGACUGCUCUUCAUUGGGCUGCUUCUUUUGGGAAAGAACAAGUUGUGGUCGCUCUGCUGGGACAUGGAGCAGAUCCAGGAACUGUGACUGACCCUACACCUUCGUGUCCAUCUGGUCAAACCCCAGCGGACCUGGCAUUGAUGAAUGGACAUGUAGGAAUCGGAGGUUUUCUUGCUGAGAGCAGUUUAACCCGCCGUCUAUCGACGAUGAGUCUUAAAGAGAAUCCUAUUGCUGUUGCGAAUGCUCAUUUUGCUGGUGAAUCUGCUGUUGCAAAAUUGUCGAGACGUGAUAGCAUCAAGCAGACCUUAUCAAAUAGAAGUGUAGAUUCAUUGUCCAUUAAGGAAUCAUACAAACCGAAGUUUGACGAGUACGGUAUGACUGAGAGUCAAAUUCGUGGAUUUGUAGCAGCUCGUGCAGCUCAUAAAAUACAGAAAGCCUAUCGAGGCCAUCAGGAGAAAAAGCAGCAGCUGGCUGCCAGUCGCAUACAGAAUAAGUACAGGAGUUGGAAGGUGCGGAAGGACUAUGUGAACCUACGGCAGCGAGUGGUGAAAAUUCAGGCCCAUGUACGUGGAAACUUGGUUCGGAGGCGUUUCAGGAAGCUACUGUGGUCAGUGGGGGUUUUGGAUAAGGUCAUAUUGCGGUGGAGACGCAAAAGGUCGGGGCUUCGGGGCUUUAAGAGUGGGGACCUUGGCGUUGAUACCAAGGAGGACGACGAAGAAUUUUUGAAAGAGGGAAGAAUACUAGCUGAGAAAGCCGUUGAGAAGGCAGUAACGACAGUCCAGUCUAUGGUGCGUUCCCAGCCUGCUCGAGAUCAGUACAUGCGCUUACGUGAAGGGUCGCUGAAAGCCGAACAGUCUGGGCAGUUUCACCAACUAGCCAGCCCACAGGAAUUACUCACUAGCCCUGAUGUUGAGUAUAAUUCAUAUGAAGAAUUUCAAAAUCAGCACAUGAAUCAGUAUCUGGAGAGUAAUGGUGACCAGCUCAUGAGCUUCGCUGACUAGUCGUGGUCUAUGGAAGCGUUAAUUUCAUCCCUGAAGUCACACUAUUUGGGCGAAGAUGUUAACCAGCUCACCUGGCAAUGAUGUAUUGGAGACCACUCUUUUGGACCGGGUGCUUGCUAGUGGUUCACAGCUUCUUUCGGUCAUGAAUGGAAGCAUUGGAUAGGUGUACAAAGAGGAAUCUGGUACUGGAUCGAGAGUUCACUUUCUUUCUGCCAAGUGUUAUUGUCCACUGUGUAAACCACUGUAAAGAGCACUGUGUAAUUUGUAGAUAUCUUACAAUUUUCCGUGUGCACUGCUUCUCAAGACACACGCAGUGUUGGUUACAAGUGAGAAAUUCUUUAGAGACUAGUCAUAAUCCCUAGUCCAGCUUCCUGUGUAGAAUGUGGAACUAUGGAUGGUCUCUUCCUAUUUCUAAUUUUGGAAGGGCGAGUAAACAAAAUGCAUCUUGCUUGAUUGUGCAAUUGAUAACAGGACUAUUUAUGAAACAGAUACCGACCCUCGGAUCUCGACUGAAAUACUAUUGUUCCAAUAGUUUUUGGAAUGCUAACAGCAUAUA